UAAACCUUAUUUGACACAUUAUAACACAGUUUCUUGCGAGAUGUUGACAUCGGAUGCCACACAUCUUCAUUUCGCUCUGAGUUUUGUGUUUAUUGGACCGCGGUCGAGUAUAUUAUUAAGCGUUGUCUCCAGUUCAAUAGCAGGCAAUACGAAACGUUUGACCAAUUAGUGGUUGAUGUGGGCUACAUCUCGUAAUUCUGUUUAAUUGCACACAAUGCGAGACUCAGCAUCACAGCGCAGAUGUAUUGCGUGUUUCAAGGGAUCUCGGGAAGAACGAUAACGAAAGAGAGGCCAGGCAUGGAGGAGAGGAGGUGCGCUGCUGCUGGGGCACUGGGGGACCCAAAGCUCCGGGCGUCGGUGGUCAAGACCGGCCAAUCAGCUGAGGCCCACCAGAGCAGCGUGGGUGAGGAGGUGAUGGCACCCGUCAGGGUGAAGGAGGAGGACGUCUCCGAGGUGCCGCUGAAGGUGCCCAGGUUCCAGUACGUGGAUUUCCCCUCGUUGCAUCAGUGCAUCCGGCAGAUGACCGUGCCUCCUGUGGACAGCUGGCUGGAGGGCUGUCCGCUAGAGAGGUCCUCGGCACACACAACCCUCAGCCCUAAAGAACCAGUCCAGCCCAAGUUUAAGUACGUGGAUUACCCGUCUCUGCACCACUGCAUCAAGCAGCUGUCGGUGCCUCCUCUGGAGAGCUGGAGCUCAGGCCUAGCCAGGCCCCGGGGAGACGGAGGAGACAGAGGCAGACCUAACUCUAAACCUCAAUCCGUCUCCCAGCCCAACUCUGCGAAGGGACAUCAGACAGGAGAGGACAGUGCUGCACGCACACACAGACAGGGGGCGUACACAGCUUUCCCAUUCCCCGGUCCUGAGCCUGAGCCUGGCUCCGUGCAAGAGGUGACCCCCUCCGACCAGGCCGCCGGACAGCAUCUGAGUUGCCCCACCAGAACCAGGCCCUCAGGAGGCUCCUGUGGCUUCCACAGUCCGCCUAAACGACCCUCCAAUCCAUUAUCUUCUGGAAGCAGCAACAUCAGAGGAACAAGUUCGUUCACCGGGCGUGAUGACGGAUCAUCUGCUGACCACGAGUCCGUUGACGGGGUGAUACAGAGGAACACAACUCGUCCUGUCCAAGGGGUCCGGGCGGACCACGGCAACACGCUGCAUCACAACCGGUUUUGGAGAACCGUACCAGAGUCUGUCUGUCCAUUCUGCCAAAAGAUGUUUUCAGAUUCAGAGGAAUUACGCGUCCAUCAGAGAAGCCAUUUGGAGAAAGUGAGUGUGAUACAUGGGAUAAUUUCACGUGUUUGAAAUGCCUAUAAUCAAACUUUUUAUAUACUGUGCUCUAUAAAAAUGUAUUUGGUUGCUUUUGUUAUGUGCAGUGAACAUGACUUAUGGUUGUGGUGUACUUUCAGAGGCCUCACUGACACCUUGGGUGAGGAGAAGUUUGUCUGACAGUGAGGAAGAAUCUCCUGGUCUGCUAGCUGAGACGCUUCAGAGUGAGACGCACUCUAAAGGCUUGAUGGUUAAAGAAAUGCCUUCUGUCUCAGUACUUUAGUGCUCAUGCACCUUUUAGUACAUUCAAAUAGUCUGACAUCAGAGACAACAGUGGUCUUAAUUGGCCUGCCGUGACUCUCGAGGGUCCUACAGCUCUUCAAAGGUUUAUUUUACUAUGACGGGAUACACAGACAGGAAGAUCAGCAAAUUAAUUGUUGUUUCGAUGUCAAGAAUUAGACUGAAAUGCAGUGCAUUCAUUAUUGUGUGUGUAUAGCUUUAAUGUUGUUUUUUCUUCUUCUUUGGAAUGAAUGCCAAUGUCUCCCUGUUUCACGCUCUCGCGGGUGUUGUUUUCCUUUAUGGCCUGAACACUAGAUAAGGGUGUCGGCCCCUAUACACUGGGGAAGGCCGUCUGGUCAGACAUUUGAAGCUGAAGAUACAGUUCCCUCUAACUUUCAGCCCUUCAGACUUGAGCUGUAAAGCAACACAGGCUGUUUAAUAAUUUCCUACCCAGUGUUUUUAUGAUUUGUAUGUUGAUGUUUUGAUGACAAUUAGGCCCCUGUGUCAUUGCUCGUUUUGUCUCUAAUGAACAUAAAACUAAAAAUUUUGCUUUGAAAUGUUAACUGUUAGUGUGCAUUAAAGAUUUUAUAUCCCAAAAA